GUCUAUGACGAGGUCGACGAGGACGUGUACCGCUCAGUCGUGCGCGGCCGCCUCAUGGAGGACGACUUCAUCGAGGAGGACAACGGCGUGAGCGGCUACGCCGACAACGGCAUGGACGAGUGGGACCGCAGCGCGAGCGAGGGAGAACAUGACGACGACGAGAAGGGUGCGUCCCCUAAGGCGGCCAAGGAGAAGAAGGACAAGUUGCUCAAGGCGGCCGCAAAGAAGCGCGCCAAGGAGAAGGUCGAGAUCUCCGAGGGCGCCAACCCGUACCUCAACCCGGCCAAGCAGGCCAAGGGCCUCCCCCUGCAGGAGCACGAGGACGACUUCAUGGCGAGCCUGCUCGGCGACCUCGACGGCAAGGCGCAGGUCCAGAAGACCGACUCGCCUCGACCAGCAGCGCCGCCUCCGGGCUUUGCGCCGACGACGGGCCCCUCGAGCGACGGCUUCGACGGCAAGCGCGCCCGCUUCGACCCGGCCAUCGACGACGAGCUCGACAACGACUUUGGCGGCAUGGGCGACCAGUUCUACGACGACGACCUGACGGCGGCGUCGGCUCACGGCGUCGAGCCGCUCGGCGAGUCGAGCAGGACCAACGGCGACGUCAAGAUGGAGGACGGCGACGAGGAGGACGACCUGUUCGUCAAGCCGGCCGCCGCCGCCGCCAAGCCCAAGGGCCCGGCUCAACGUCGCACGCUCGUCAACGCCGGCGUCGCCAAGCCCAAGGCGACCAAGGUCGAGCCGACCGACGACGUCCUGCCCGACGGCGCCGACGACAACAAGCCCAAGCGCAAAGGGCUCGACUGGCGCACGGCGACGACGGGCCUCAUCAGCACGCACGGUCCCGUCUCGGCCUCGGACGAGUCGCUCGACGCCGCCGCAUCGUUCCAGGAGGAGCACAAGACGGUCAUCAGCUCGACGUCGAUGCGCGCGCCGGCGCAGCAGGCCAACGCGCUCGAGCCCGACGGCUCGCUCCGGUUCUGGUGGUUCGACUACGACGAGCCGUCGCCCGGCACGGUGCGCCUCGUCGGCAAGGUGCGCGUCGAGAAGGAGGUCCUGCGCUACGUGAGCGCCACCGUCACGGUCAAGAACAUCAAGCGCAAGCUCUACGUCCUGCCCAAGUCGAAGGCCGAGUACUACGGCGGCGACGGCGGCGACUCGGACGACUCGGACGACGACGACGGCGACGAGCUCGCGUUCGACGACGUCGAGGACGACUUCCUGUCGGACGCCAAGGGCAAGUGGAACCUGCAGAACGCCUCCUGCACCAAGGGCUACGUCAAGCGCCAGUACGCGUUCGGCAUCAAGGGCGUCCCUCGCAAGGAGACCAACUGGCUCGAGGUCACCUGCGACUUUCCCGCGUCCAAGCGCAACGACGUCGACAUCCCGAUCGACGCCUCGGGCGAGCAGUACUCGCACGUCUUCGGCUCGACCGCGACGCCGUUCGAGCGCUUCGUCAUCGACCACAAGGUCAUGGGCCCUUGCUGGCUGAACCUCAAGACGCCCAAGAUCAACAAGAGCGACGCUACGUCGUGGACCAAGCUCGAGGUCGAGAUCGACGAGAAGGACAUUGCGCCAUUCGCCAGCACCGACGCCGCCGCGCCCAAGGACAUCCCGCGGCUCACCAUCCUCAGCCUCAGCUCGCGCACGGUCGUACACCUCAAGGAGAACAAGCGCGAGAUCGUCUGCGCCGCCGCACGAGUGUGGGAGAACGUCGACAUCGACGACCCGACGCCCAUCGAGAAUCAGGGCUCGUCGGCCAAGAUCUUCGUCCGCAACCUGUUCACCGAGUUCCCGGCCGGGUUUGAGCAGAUGGCGCGGCAGCAGAACUCGGGCGCGACCAUCGGCGUCUUCAAGGCCGAGCGCCCUCUCCUCGUUCAGCUUCUCGAGUACAUCUCGCGCAACGACCCUGACGUCGUCGUCGGCUACGACCUCGGCCAGCUCGACCUCGACGUCCUCCUGAACCGCCUGCGCGAGCUCAAGGUCGACAACUGGUCGCGCGUUGGUCGCCUUCGCGUCAAGUCGGACAAGUGGCCUGUUCUGCGCGCAGGCAGGAACACGGCGCUCCUCGGCGGCCGCCUCUUGGUCGACCUCACGAGCGACGGCUGCAAGGCCUUCAUCGACUCGAACACGUGGUCGUUGACCGAGAUGAGCGAGACGCACCUCAACAUCGCGCGCGACGACCUCGACCCGGAGGACACGCCCAAGUUCUUCGACAGCGUGCACUCGACCGCCAAGCAGCUCAUGCAGUUCGUCAUGCACUGCCUCGCCGACUGCUUCCUCCAGAUGGCGAUCGCGACCAAGGUGCAAGCGCUCCCGCUCACGCGUCAGCUCACCAACCUCGCCGGCAACUGCUGGAACCGCACGCUUGCCGGCAACCGCGCCGAGCGCAACGAGUACAUCUUGCUCCACCGCUUCCACGAGACGGGCUACGUCGUGCCGGACAAGAUCGCUUCGUGGGAGAAGAAGGCGCAGAUCGCCAAGGCCGACAAGUCGAAGAAGAAGAAGAAGGGCGGCGCCGACGCCAACGAGGACGAGCCCAAGGUCGAGGUCAAGCGCGAGAAGUUCAAGGGCGGCCUCGUCUUCGAGCCCGAGAAGGGCCUGUGGGACCGCUACGUCCUCGUCAUGGACUACAACUCGCUGUACCCGAGCAUCAUCCAGGAGUUCGACAUCGACUUUUCCACGAUCGACUGGACGGCCGACGACGCCGAGGACCUCGACAAGAUGCCCGACCGCGCCCCGUGCGAGGGCGAGCCUCAGGGCAUCCUCCCGCAGCUCAUUGCCUCGCUCGUCGCUCGGCGUCGCAUCGUCAAGGGCCUCAUGAAGGACAAGUCGGCGACGGUCGCCAAGCUCAUGCAGUACGACAUCACGCAGCAGGCGCUCAAGCUCACGGCCAACUCGAUGUACGGCUGCCUCGGCUACGAGGGUUCGCGCUUCUACGCCCGCCCUCUUGCCGCCCUCACGACGUUCAAGGGUCGCGAGAUCCUCACCCGCACCAAGGCCGACGCCGAGGCCAUGUCGCUCAACGUCAUCUACGGCGACACCGACUCGGUCAUGAUCAACACGAACCAGACCGACUACGCUGCGGCGCUCAAGAUCGGCGACGAGUUCAAGAAGGUCAUCAACGACAAGUACAAGAAGCUCGAGAUCGACCGCGACGCCGUGUUCGAGCGCAUGCUCCUCCUCAACAAGAAGAAGUACGCCGCGCGCAAGGUCGAGGACGACGGCAAGGGCGGCCCGGGCGAGGUGUCGACCGAGAUCAAGGGCCUGGACAUGAAGCGUCGCGAGUUCUCAAAGCUCUCCAAGGACGCGUCCAAGGACGUCCUCGACAUGGUCCUGUCGGCCAAGGCGACCGAGACGGUCGUCGAGGAGAUCCACGAGUACCUCGUCGACCUCGGCGAGAAGAUCCGCUCGGGCCUCAAGCCCCUCGACGACUACAUCGUCUUCAAGCGCCUCGGCAAGAACCCGGAGGACUACCCCGACGCCAAGUCGCUGCCGCACGUGCAGGUGGCACUCAAGAUGAAGGCCAAGGGCCUGUCGGCAAAGGCGGGCGAUGUCAUCCCGUACAUCUUCUGCAUUGCGCCCGGCGGCGAGACGACCAAGACGGCGCAGGCGGCCAACGCGCACCACCCGGACGACGUUCGCAGGCAAGGCUCGACGCUCAAAAUCGAUUUCGAGGUCUACCUGUCGACGCAGGUCCUGCCGCCGAUCGAGCGUCUUUGCGAGCACAUCGAGGGGACCGAGAAGGCCCGCCUCGCCGAAUGCCUCGGUCUCGACGCGCUGCGCUUCAAGUCGUCGUCGCUCGACGUGCCCGAGCGCGAGUUCAAGACCCUCCAGUCGCAGAUCUCGGACGCACAGCGCUUUGCCGACUGCGAGCCGAUGCGCAUCCGCUGUCGGUCCUGCGGCGCCGAGUCGGCGUUUGACGGCAUCGCCGAGAACAAGGCGGGCCUCAUCUCGGAGCACGGCUUCUUCUGCGCCAACAUCGAGUGCCAGGCGCCGCUCGGCACGCCGUCGAUGGCCAUCCAGCUCGACCUCCAGUUGCGCUCGUUCAUCGCCAAGUUCUACGAGGCGUGGCUCACGUGCGACGAGUCGACGUGCGGCAACCGCACCCGCAUGAUGUCGGUCUACGGCAAGAAGUGCCUCGUCGCCGGCUGUCGUGGCGCCAUGCACCUCGAGUACUCCGACUCGAAGCUUUACGACCAGCUCCUCUACUUCGACACCCUGUUCGACAUCGAGAAGGCGGCGCUCAAGGUCGCUGGCGGCGCAGAGCAAGAGCCGCUCCAAGUGCGGGUCGAGGCGAAUCGUGCCACGAUCGAGACGCUGCGCCGGGUCGUCACCAAGCACCUCGAGAAGAACGGCCGCCGCUGGGUCUCGAUGGAGUCUCUCUUCUCGUUCAUGAAGGUCCGGUAGCCUGCCCCUCGUUCCCCUUUCUCUCGCUCUCUCGUCAUGUCUUUAUCCUUAGUAUGGUUCCGUAGCGUCGAGUUCUUGUCCCUGUAUCAGCGCAGCAUGUCGUCUUC